CUAGGUACGAAAGUGGACAGAAUGAACGGGAUUUACAUAUGAAAUACAUUGUUAUAACGACUGAAUAACGGGUGCACGAGAUGCAGGAGGGAAAUAUUAAUGAAGCUUUGCCUACCUCCAAGAGCCACACAGGCUCCCACCCCAUGCAGACUCCGAAGAACGAGGAUGCCUAUGAAAUCUCCAUUCCCUUUGAGGAGAACAACUUUGAGCAGCAAGGCUUCUUCAAUCAGAAUGAGCAGAGUUUUGACGAGUCGCCCCCUCCCUCGGGCGCCCCCCCACCAGGCAGCUCGUACCUGCUGAUCACCAACCUGCGGACGCAGCUGCAGAUCUCCCUGGAGAAGAACUCGUGGCUGCACAAACGCAUAGAGGACCUGGAGGAGGAGAGGGACUUCCUGCGUUGCCAGCUGGACCGCUUCAUCUUCUCUACCAAGACCCAGGGCCAUCAGAACCAGGGCCCCAGCGAGAGCCAGUACAGCAACGGCUAUGACACUAGACGUUUUGAAUGGAAGCCGAGGAGAGAGGGGGAGCGGCCAGCUGAGCAGAAGUCCGAGCCACAGCGUUUCACAUCUCGUCAGAUAUUCCAGCGAAGACCCUCCCCCACUGCCAUGGCCCCACCCAAAAACCACACUUCCAGCACGAUAGCCAAUCAGAUGGCCGCGAUGAGCUCCAUGUUCAGCUCCGGGGCCUCCCAGACCCUCUUGCAGGGGCACAGCAGUGGCAGUGGCAGUAGCAGCGCUAACAGAGCCACCAUGAGUGACAUGAAUGCACACGGGAGCAUAGGGCCAGAUUCCCUGUCCCUCCUGGGGGAGGCCGAGGAGUUCCUGGAGCAGGAUGGCUACAUGAACGAGGAGGAAAUGAUUUCAGGAGAGGACGUGAUGUCAGAGGGCAUGAGCAGCGGUGGGCACCCUGGGAUGAAGAGGAGGCGGGUCUUCCGAAUCACCAGGGAGAGGCAGAGAGUCAAAGACGCUGCAGGGGUUCUGUUUCGCUACAAGAAGAUCCUGCUGACCUACCAGCGGCUGAAGAACAUGUCUAAGGCCUUCCAGAUCCACGGCGUAGACCGCAACACGGUGGCCUCCACCACGCCCAUCGCUGAGAUGCUGCUGGUGGCCCCGGAGAAGGUGGCGGAGGUGGGCGAGUUUGACCCGUCCAAGGAGAAGCUGCUGGAUUACGCACGGCGCUGCUACGUCGCCCUGGAUGAGGAGACGCUCAGCAGGGUGCAGGCCCUGAAGAAGAACAACCUGCUACUACCCAUCUCCUACAGGUUCAGACACUGAUGGGGGGAGGGACGCUGGGGCCUAGGGGAUGAGGGGAAUCUAGGGGCCAAGGGGAUGGGGGGGUGCUCUGGGGGGGGGAGGGCUUCAUUUUGUCAUGGAGAAGAGCAGGGUGGGAAUUCUGGAGAAGGUUGUCAUUCAACCAUCUCCCUAAGAUUCAGACAUUUAUGGAAAGUUAAGAUUUGUGUAUGGGAGCGCUGGAUAUGUAGGGGAGGUUGUUGCCCAUCCCGUACAGAGUUUGUUUUCUAUUCUUAACUAUUUGUUCAGAAUCCUUUUGAAGCAGAGGUCAUGAACUAUGGCAUUCCUUAUUUCUGACCAGAGUACUAUUGAACUUUGUAGUACUGUAUUUCAGUGCAAUUUUGACACGUAGGGCCCCAUUUUGCCAAUGCCAAGAAGUGGUGCUAUUGUCUGAAGAGGCCGUGCUUCUCCCAAUUACUUACAGUAGCAGCAUGAAGGUACAGUGAUCAAAUCAUAGAUUUGUAGCAUUCCAAACUGGCUCUUUAUUUUCAUCAUACUUGAAAUAAGUGCCAUGCUGACUAUUUGAGGUAAUACGGUCUUUUUUGACGAUCAUCUAUUUUGAGCUGUCAGCAUUUCACCUUUUAGUGUCUUCAUGUAAAAGUGGUGUCAUAUUCUGCACACUCACAAAAGCAAUGCCAGUACUAUAAAUACAUCUUUAUUUACAGAUAAAUGUUUGUUGUUUGGAUAACAUUCCCUCCUCUUUUUCCUAGCACUUCAAAAACAAGUGUAUUAUUUGUGCACUUAAAUGAUGACUUUAUUUAGAUAUAAAAAAAAGCCCACACCUAGUGAUUUUGGAUCUGUCUCUCAUUUCUCCAGGUUGAAAGGAGGAGAGGAUUCUCUUAAAGAGAAGGAAACUCACGCGACCACAAACUGAACAAAGCAAAGAGUAGUUGCACACUCUAUUGCUCAGAUUCAAUCCUUUAGUAGAAUCAUUCCAGUGUUCUGUCAGAAAGCUUCCAGGUUCUGAAACAAAGGAAGUUAGUUAGCUGACUGACCACUGGUGUUGUGUCUGCACCAGAACAACAGAAUAAGCAGAUACUCUUUGCUUUGGAAGGAGGAUGGGGCCAGUUUUGGGAACAGUGCUACUGUGAGGCUAAGCUGUUGUACCACAAAUACAUCACUUUUUUUGUUGCACCAGAAUAUUUUCUGUCACUGUAAAGUGCCACUGUAGCAUACAGUUGUGAGAUGUGUAAUUUGACUGAAGUGUGGUGUAGUGUAACAUCACGUACCCUUUGUACUGUGCUACGAAGAUUCGUUUUUUACUAUAAUAGUAGUAUGAUUCACUGUGCUAUUUCACCAUCAGUUGAGAUUUGUGCUUUCUUUUUUCAGUCCUCUACUGCAAUACUUUGUUUGCUUGAGAAUAAUUUAUCGCAAUUAGAUUGCAUACUAUUACGCUUCUCUUUUUUUUGUGUUCCAAUAAGCUCAGUGAUUUCCACAAAAGGGACGAAAUACAAAUGUUGAUUUUUAUUUGAACAUGUCUAUGUAAAUCAAUAUCAAUCACCAGUUCCCCAUUACAAUUGCAUGUGAAAUGAACUCUUGUUGGUCAGUUGUUUAGACAGAGCUGUUGUUGAACUUAAUAAUGAUGUUAAAAAACAAUAGCAGUAGUAUUGGCGAUGGUGUAAUAUAGUGGUAUAUUGUGUGUUUAUUAUACUGGUACAAGGAAUUGCUGAGACCCCAGGUUGUCUGAGUGUGUGAAAGGGUACCUCUCACUUUAAACUUCAUGUCUUACUUAUUCACAACACAAACUCACCCACUGACAGGUAUCAGUGUGUACAACUGCUGAAAUCAUGUUAUGUUACAACACCUUUUAUACGGGUCAGAGAUGUCAUUUUGACUUUAAUAAGGAACCAAUAAUUUACUGAACGGUGCAGUACAACCUGUAUCAUUUAAGAUACCGGUAUCUGUGUGUGCAGCAUUUAAAAAAUGUUUAAUAUUGUAUUUCUCUUCAAGAAUCACGAGGAGUAGCCUAUAUUCAAAAACUGAAAAUGUUUGGUUGAUUAUACAAAUUGUAUGGACUGUAAAAACAGAAAUGCCAUUAAAGCAUUUUGAUUUCUUAAAAAA